AUGACGGGGAGCGAGUUCACAGAAGUGGGGCGCAAUCACAGUGGAGUCUUGCUUGCGUUCAGCAGGGCGAAGUGCUGGGGCGCUAGUGACAGUUCUUUUCGUAUAAUUAAUAGAAGUGCACGUCUAAGUCUGAGAAACAUGCGACCGCCACUUUCGUGUCUGCCGUUGGCGCUUCUAUUUUUAGUCAGCGCAGUUCCCUCGAACGCUCAAAAGGGCGGCGGCGAGCGCACGCAGACGGCGGUGGAGGGCGCGCCGCUGGCGGUGGAGUGCGAGCUGCGCGUCGAGCAGCGCGCCGAGUGGCGGCUGGAGGGCCGCGCGCCGCCGCCCGACAUGCGCGCCAGCGAGGCGCCUUCGCCGGGCGGCGGGCUGACGGCGCGUCUGGCCGCGGACGCCGCGCGGCCGCACCACGCCGGCCAGUACGCGUGCUCGCGCGCGCCCGACGCGCCGCGCGUGCGCGUGCGGCUGCUGCCCGCCGGUACGCCGCCUCCGGCCGUAGUUUGUUCCGCUUGGCCGAGCCGGUCCGUCCCCGUCGUAGUUAGAUCGGUAGCGCCAGCCGCAGGUCGAGAGCGUCUCUCGCGUCGCUUGUGCGGAACUAUCCGCCGUUUGCCGUAGCGCCUUAGUUGGACUCGAGGUUCUUUGCCGCUUCAUUUGGCCGCGGGUCGUCGCGGCCCCUCCGCUUGUGAGUAACGAGUAGGUCGCUCUUAUCUUAGUGGGCACCGCUUCGUUCCCUAUCGUAUUGCGUACCGGUAGAUGGUAGAUUUGACUUUCGAUUGUGAUCAUUUUAUUAUCACCUUUCGGCACUGAGCACCGCCGCGCCGCGCCCCGCCGCUCUCGGCUGCGCUCCCGCCUGCGCUUCGCAGAGGCGUCGGGCGGCGCUGUGCCGGUGUCGAGUUUCAACUACAGUAUG